AUGCCUCUCACCCGAGACCCUUUCCAGCAUCCUACGUUGGAAAACGAUGAUUCCUACUUGGGAAAACUGCGGGCUUCCAAGGUACUGAGGUUUCUUGCGCAGAUUCCCAGUAGGGUCGACCGCACUCUUCUUUCUGUCGGCGCGACAGGAAGAGAUGGUAACUUAAAGGACUAUGGUGAGGACACUGAGUCAGGGGUCGAUGUGGUUUCUCUUUUGCAGAAACUGCCAUAUAAGAACCCAACUCACCUUGCUCAGCAACAGGAACCCUGGUGUCGACUCAGCUCAACUCCCACAAUCACGUCCAUGAGGCAGGCUGUUUAUUUUUUUGAUCCUGAGAUACCGAAGGAUGAUCUGGAUUUCCGAUUAGCAGCCUUGUACAACCACCACACAGGGACGUUCAAGAGCAAAAGUGAGACACUGAUACACCAGGAGACCAUUCAGGAUGCCCAUGGAAUCAAGAUCCAAUUCUCUGGAGAAUCUUUAUCCCCUCCCCAGCCACCCGCCAUCACUUCCCAAGCUAACAUCAGACACUGGAUCAACCCUAAGAAGGAGUCUAUUCACAGCAUCCAGGGAUCCAUAGUGUCCCCUCACACUGCAGCCAGCAAUGGAGGAUAUUCCCGAAAGACUGAUGGUGGCUUCUUCUCCACCUAA